AUGGCCCAGAUCCUGCUUCUGCUGAAGCGAAUGGGAGUUCUGCCACUGAAUUCAGCCGAAACAGCAUCAGCCCCGCUGCUCAUAAAACUUCCCAGCAAAUUCGCCUUCAGCCAUCCAUUCAAAAACUCGGUCUCAGAAGCUGCCAGCAGCAGCCCUCGGCAGCAACCGAACCGUACCGGGAUUCCCCUCCGCAAACAGCGUCGACACCAAGCAGCGCCGGCGUUUCCGUACAGCCGCAAGGACGUGACAGCAGCAGCUUCUGCUAACGAUUCAAGGAGACAUGUCAUCAUCUCCCCUCGCCUCCCUGUCCGCCGGGACAGCUCCAUAGACGUCUCGGAUACCUGUGAAGACAGGCAGACCGACAGACGAACGGACAGACCGACCGACCUCCCCCGCUUGGCUCGGGCUGGUCCCAGCAGCCGAACGCCGUUCUGCCUCGCCACUGACUCGUUGGGCAACGCGGGCACGUCACUUAACCCGUCUCGGUUACCCCAUACGGGCUUAAUUAUACCCACUUAUCGCCAAAUCCAUGAAAGGCACGGCAACACUGUUCUACAAAUCCAAGAAGAGCACACCAACACGUUGCGUGAGCUCGGGGAGAGGGUUGCUGAGUUUGAAAGCUACAAGAAGAGAACAGCUGAAGAAAUAAGCAGCCUUACACUGGAGAACGCCUCUCUGAGAGAAGCUGCCAGCCCAAAAAAAAUAGGUCAAGAGAAUCUACAGCUGCUUCAGGAAGCAGAAUACACUAAAAAUAAAGUGGAAGAAGAAUGCGCAAGGAAGAUCAUAAAUGAAGAUGUGACCUCCAGCUUAGAAGAAGAGGUGGAGACCUAGCGGAAUCUGUAUGAAGACUUGAAUAACAAAACCAAGCCGUUUCAGCAACAACUAGAUGCACUUGAAGCAGAGAAGAAUGCGCUCUCACCUGAGCAUGGUGCUGCCCAAGAAGAACUGAAAAAACUAAGUGAUGCGUACGCUAAACUCCUUGGCCACCAGAACCAGAAGCAAAAAACUAAGCAUGUAAUGAAGUUGAAGAAAGAGAAUGCCCACCUAAAGCAGGAUGUCUCAAAACUGCGUGUGUUGCUAGCGAAAGAAAAGCAAACCAACAGAGAUCUCCAGGAGCAACUGAACGCAGUCCAGGGCAUUCAGCGUUGUGAUCCUUCCAGAGCUUUCCAGCACAGCAGCAAGGAAAACUUUCCUCCAAAAACUCCUUGGAAAGAACGUGAUAAGAACAAAAUUUAA